GAUGUUGCUGUGCCGAAGGCUGUUGCCUUCACAGGAGUUUGGGAUUGGAAGAAAUUCCGAUCGGAGGAAGGUAAACUGGUAUUUGGAGAUUUCAAUUAUCCAGAGAAUGGAGAGAACUUGCUGGGGACUGUAGAGUAUCAGAAAAUUAACAUGUUCUCUCCACAUGAAGCAGCCAAGGAAGUUUUCUGGCUUCCCAUCACCACAUCCUGGUAUAAUGCUGCCACUGAAGCGCUCAAGGAUUUGAAGUUAAGACAAUGCUAUUCUGGUAAAUGCCUGCCCGGAAAACCCAAAGUUGUCUUUGGAUCGAAGGGUUCUACUUCUGAUUUUUACGUUCGAAAUAAAGCCUACGGAGACUUCCUUAACGAUAAUUUUGGUGCAACAACUGCCGAUACAGCAAGUGCUUCCGUAGCUUUGACAUCUUUGUCAAAUGAAAAGCUCUUCGUGGUGUUCCAAGGUGUUUCAAAUGUAGCUGGUGAAACAAAUUCAGAGUCGGGAAUUAGCUAUUUAGCCUCCUACAACGCCUUCCUUGCUGCCACCAAGUUCAUUAAUUCAAUUCCUACGCCACGACUUGCCUGUGAGUGAUGAGAAGGUGAAUCUCAUCGAUCGUGAGUCCUAUGAGUGGUAUGAUAAAAAAGGAUGCCCUAAUAUUGUACUAAAAUAAAUUAUAUGUUAUAAAUGGCCUCCUAAUUUAAAUAAACUGGGGUGUAUAUCAUCCACAUGUACGUACGUUCCUUUUUGGAUGAAAUAUAUGGGCGUACUUAUGCUUGCAGUUUUUGUCA